AUGGGAAGUUACACUGAGGAGCCCCAAUUCAAGACUAUCACAGUCAAGGAAGUCCACCCUACUUUUGCGGCAGAAAUCGAGGGCGUUGACUGGAAAAAUCUUUCGGAAGAGCAAUUCAACGAAAUAUUUGCUGCUCUAGCUAAGUAUGGAGUUGUAAUGUUCAGAAAUACUGGACUAGACGAUGCUAGCCAUGUUGAGUUCUCGAGGCGAAUUGGCGACCUGGACACAAUGAGGCGUUACAUGACAAAUGGGAGGACGCCCAGGUACGAAUUUUACGAGCUCUUUGACGCUGGGAACAUAGAUGAUCAAGGUGGUGUCCUUGAUCCGAACAGUCCAAGGGCACAUUAUGGAAAGGGCAAUCAGUUGUUCCACGUCGACUCAUCUUUCAACCCCCGUCGAGCGAGCUACUCACUUCUUCGUGCUGUAGAGUUGCCCCCUCUAGGCAAUGGUGGCAACACUGACUUUGCCGACUCUCGUACCGCAUGGGACGACCUCGAUCCGGAGUUUCAAAAUGAGCUCUUGAAACAGGACUAUGUUGUCAAUCACUCAAUCGCCCAAUCUCGGAAACAAGGAUCUCCAGAGUUCUUCAAAGAUCUCGACCCAACCAAUGGCGGUCAAAUGUCUCGUCAUAAGUUGAUCCAAAAGCACGAAGCCAGUGGCCGUAUGAACAUCUACAUCGCUGCUCACUCUCACAGCAUCGAAGGUCUUCCGAAAGAACAGUCUGAUGCGUUGCUGAAGAAGCUGCUAGACCACGUCACACAGAGCAAAUAUGUCUACAGCAGUGAAUGGCGAAAUGUGUCAGACAUGGUUAUCUGGGAUAAUAGGUGUACAUUGCACAGGGCAAAUGGAGGGGCAUACGAAGGCAAGUUCAGACGCGAUCUUCGCCGAACGACAGUGCAUGACACAAGCCCAACAGCUUGGGGUCUGAAUAAAGUGAUAACAAACACUGAGGAAUGGGUUGUGAACCAUAAUGCGACGGCAGCUGCAGGCAAUACCCAGGUAUCUGUCAAGGCUUGA